AUCCACUUUCUCUCAGCUACAUCAUAGUAUAUAUUUUUAAUCUUUAAUCUUAUAAAAACCAUUUCCUCCCCACUCCAUAUUUCUCCUUCUUCCUCCUCAAGUCACAAACCAUUUCAACAAAAAGACAACAGAGCCAAGUCCUUAAACCGGAAAAACAAAAACAAAAAAUGGGAAGAGACUGGUCCUGGCUCGGCGGAGUUGGCUUAGGAGGAGGGAAGAAAAAACCCUCAAAGAAGGACAUCAAAGCGACGCCGUCGUCUUCGUCACCCGCCGGGAAUACUGCAACGGCGGCGGGAUGCAUGAGUGCUGUGUUUAACAUUUUCGAUUUGCACCAUUUACAGUUUCCCAUUAACCAUCACCAUCUUCAUCUUCCCAAAGGUGUAGAUGCGCCGAGAAACAGCUUGGAAUCAACGGAGCAGGAGGAGGAGGAGGAGGAGGCUCCAUUUUCACCUACCAGAAAAGAUGGAAAUUUAAAUAUCUCUAUGGGUAUCAAAAUCAAGACCAAACCACAAGCAAGAUCAUCAUCAUCGUCAUCGUCUCUUGCAGGCACCCAUGAAUCUUAUUCUCCGAGUGUAAAGACACCAACUUUGGUCGCUAGACUCAUGGGUCUCGAUCUUGUUCCGGACAAUUACAGAUCAUCUCCUACUCCAUCUUCUUCUUCUUCUUCCUUAAUCGAUCUCAAGAUACCAACAAGAUCUUCUCACACCAACAAACACAGACACUACUCUCUCCAAAGAAACUCCAUCGACGGAGGCACACGGUCUCUUCCGGAGACACCGAGGAUAUCACUCGGAAGGAGAUCGGUCGACGUCAACUGUUACGAACACCAACGUUCUUCACUUCAUCUCAGAGACAACAACAUUCACGUGUCGUCUGAGCGAGAAUCAUGUGUUAACGGUGUCAGGCUCACGAGGGUCAAAGAGAUGAAGAUAUACGAAGAUAAAGAGAAUCGGAGUCCACGAGAGUACGCUAGACAGAUAGUGAUGCAGUUGAAGGAGAACGUUAGCAGGAGAAGAAAAGUGGGAACUGAUAUUACCAACAAAGAACAACAACAAUCAAAAGAGAUUCACGACUCCAAGAAAGCUUCUAAAGUCACGAUCACCACUCAUGAGUCACCAUCCCCGAGAUUGAGAUUAUCGGAAAUCCCCAAAACGAAACCAGCCUCAUCAGCUCAGACAAAUAAUGUUGCUCCCAGGUUGCUGGAGACGACAGUGAAGGUUCAAGACAAGACCAGGCUACCAACAGUUCAAGAAGAGCCCCAACGAGCAGAGAAAGCAAAACAGAGCAAGUCUGCAAAAAAAUGCAAGAAACCAGAGAAUUUCAAGUCGAGAUUAGUGAAGCCGCCACAGACAAUGCAGGAGGAGCCGUUUGUUCGAUCACCAGCAACAAGUAACAACAACAAUGGUCUACUUCUGAUUCAAGGAGACAAGUCUUCAUGCAAAAAGACUUCUCUCUCCAUUAAUGAUCUCGUCAACUUCCCCAGUGUUCCUUCUCUUCACACCAUCAAGAAGAAAGAUUCAUCUCCUCACAAAUCGUCAAACUUAAAUGCGUCAAAGCUCAGAGAAACGCAAUCAUCAAGAAACAGAGCAUCAUCAGAGUUUCCUAGUUUUCCGAGCCAAUCACAAACGCACAUUGCACCAAUCGCCGGCGGCGAGUUAGAGUACGUAACAAGAACCCUACGACGAACUGGAAUCGACAGAGACACACCGGUUUCAUACGCUAAAUGGUUCUCUCCUUCGCACCCACUCGAUCCAUCCAUCUUCUACUUUCUCGAGCAUUUCGCUAUUACGUCGAGCAGACCUAGAAACUCGCCGGAAGAUCUAGCUCUCCGUUGCAAUCGGAAACUACUGUUCCAUUUAGUCGAUGAAAUCCUCGCCGAUGUUUUAAAGCCGCACAUCAACUUGAAACCGUGGGUAUGCCGUUACCCGGCUCAGUCUCGGAGGAAUCUAAAGGGAUCGGAGCUGAUCGACGAAUUGAGUCGGAGAAUAGAGCGGUUUCCGUUGGCCAAGUGUUUGGUUCUGGAAGACAUUGAUGCUCUGGUCGCCGGAGACUUCCCGGAGACGGCGACGCAGGCGGGGUUGGCGUUUGAAGAGGAAGGCGAAGGAAUCGUCGCGGAGAUCGAGAGAGGAAUCCUCGAAGCGCUCGUGAGCGAAACGACAACGGAUUAUUACGCCACGUGUAUCAAAACGGCGCCGCUUAGGAGUAACGAUGAUGUCAGUGGCACGUGGGGAGUUCACGUGACGAGAUACCCUUCGAAUGUGGGGCCCUCCCACGACCCGUCCUCUUUGUUUUGCCAAACGAGAUUGAGGCCUCCACGUGGAUAAAGUAUUCCACAUGGCUAUCAUUUAUUGGCUUUUCCUUGUAUAGAAUCUAUUUUUAAUUAUUUUUAUACUAUUUUCAAAUACUUUCUAGCCGUUAUAAAUUCAUCAAACAAAAAA